AUGGAUCAAAUUGUAGCUGUAAAUCAGCCCCUGGCCGCUCUGGUAGCCAUUGCGGCCCUCGGCUUUUUUGCCAAGGCCCUGUACAAUGUCUUUUUUCACCCCCUUAGGGAGUUCCCUGGACCUUUGCUAGCGAGAGCUACCCGUGUCUACUACUCGUACCACCGCAGCACAGGGCAGCUUGAACUCUUAACCAAGGAGCUUCACGACAAAUAUGGGAGUGUUGUCCGCAUCGCUCCAGAUGAAUUGAGUUUCGUCGACGAGGCUGCAUGGGUAGACAUCUACGGCUCUAGGACCAAGGUUCGCCUGCAAAAGGAGCCAUUUUUCUACUUGGGAGCCAGGGCACCCAACGGCGAAAAGAAUUUGGGUGCUUGCUCGGAUGCUGAUCACUCUCGCAUCAGGGGGGUGCUGUCGCAUGCCUUCUCGGAUAAGGCGCUGUAUUCUCAACAGGCCCUCAUUACAUGCCACGUGAGUCACAUGGUGCGCCGGAUCGGGCAGCUCGGCGGAGCACGGACAGAUGCUGUGCGCUGGUUGCAACACUGCACCUACGACAUCAUCUCUGACCUGGCUCUGGGCACGAGCGCCGGUGCGCUUGACUGCGACGGGUGGAGUCCCUCGGCGCAUCUGGUGUUUGAAAGCGUCAAAGAAGGCAUUAUGGCGAUCGAAUGUGUGCGGUUCCUGCCGUUCCGGGCCCUUUUGGUGCAUCUCCUUAUGAAGGCGUUUGGAACUUCGCGCCGCAGAGCUUUUGACACGGCCAACGAAAAGGCUCAGACGCGCAUGGAGACGGGCAAUUUCGACCGCCCAGAUCUCAUGUCCUACAUUCUUCAGGCCAAUGAGACGGGCAAGGAACUGACGUCAGCUGAGAUAACGGCAAACGUUGCGCUGCUUCUGGACGUCGGGUCCGAAACCACAGCGUCAAUGCUCGCUGGCUGUCUCUUCUAUGUGACCAAGGACCUUGCCGUUUUGAAUCGCCUGACUGGGGAGAUUCGCCGUAGUUUUGACACGGCCGAAGAGAUUGACUCAAAAAGGCUGGCCACGCUGCCGUUUCUUAAUGCUGUCUUUCAAGAGUCACUUCGUCUGUACCCACCCGUUGCAGCAGCUACCCCUCGCCUGACACCCCCUUCCGGAUGCCUGAUUGCCGGUAGAUUUGUUCCCGGAAAUACGACCGUCGCCAUCAAUCAAUACGCGGCCUACCACAUAGCUGCCAACUUUACGGAUCCUCUCAGCUUUAGUCCCACGCGCUGGUUAGGCGAGAAACGCUUUUCAGACGACAAGCGGGCCACCUUUCAGCCUUUUUCCCUUGGGGCCAGAGAUUGUCUUGGCAAAAACCUCGCCUGGGCCGAAAUAAGACUGAUUGUUGGCCAUUUACUAUGGAGAUUUGAUUUGGAGCUGGACAGCACAUCUGAGAACUGGAAUCAACAGAAAACCUGGUUCAUUUGGGACAAGCCAGAACUGAUGAUGAAGUUCAAGGAGCGCGAAUAUCAGGGUUGAUCAGAGUUCGCUGUGGUAGCAGAAUUGUGUCUAUUAACGCCGGGCUGCGCAGGGCGCCGGUUUUGGCCUGUCCUUUGCGUAUAUAACCGUACGGUGGCCGAUGCGACGCGCUAUGUCGAUUUACACAAGUUUAUACAGCGAAUUUAUUGCCGCGGGCCGGGGCAGGGGAGCCAUGGGGGUGUAGAUUUGCUACGGCCCUGCACAUUCUUUUUUAUAUCGAUAAAACCAACAAUCGGCGUUUCCGCCGUUUAUACUGUAACUCUCUCACUGUUUUGGGCAAGGUAUUACGGCUAGCAUCUCUUUGUCAAAAAUCUGUUUUCGCCGGUUUUAAUUUUCUUUUUGGGAAAGCGACCGCUGCUUUCCCGCCGCCCCUUUAUUAUUAAAUCUACUUUUUAUACAAAC